CUAAAGUUUAUGUGGAGGGCGUCAGGAUUGUGCAUGACACCAUUACCAUUUUACCAAGGGUUGGGGAAGCUUGAGAGAAGAAGAGGCUAAAUCGGACAGAAACCCAAGUUGCUUUAACUACUAUAUAGUGCUAGAAUGAGACGACUCUUGUCGUUAUGUCUUUUGGUGGUAACAUCAAACCUGUUCAGUCCGGACAACCAACAAUACGAUUAAGAAAAUAACCUCGUACGCCUUCGCUCUCGUCAGAAUGACUGGCCGUGAGAAAUUCCUACUCCUAGAUGCAAAGAAUUUCAUUCCCAGCACACAGCAGAAAGUACUACUGGGGAGGAUAUGUGACAACGUGAACCAGCCCUGGUCCAACUAUGUCCCAGAAGACCCGUCACCGUUCUACAGCAAGUCAGCGGAACCAUUUCACAUCGAGGCCCAGGAUGCAUCACUCUUCCUCGAGCGGGCAACUGAUUCGGCAACUCGGGUACAGCUAGACAAGCUUCUAGGCGCGGAGAGAACCAAGGCGCGGACGAGCACAGCCAGUUGGCACGGCCAAAUAGUACGAAUAUUCUCUUUGCCUCAAGAGAAACAGGUCCUGCGAAACAUCCUAGCAAUUAGGGAGAACUUAUCACAAGCUGAGGAGUGGCUAAACGAUAACGUUAAUUUGUACAUGAUAACGGGGUUUAUAAGCGUCGUCAACGUGACCUGCCAAGGUCUCGACGCCAGUUCGUCCUCCGGCGCCUUUAACAUCUGCCUUACUGAGGCCAUGGAGGCAGCACUCGUGGCUGCGGGAAUUGGCCCUUUGGACCUCCCAUCCCUGGAGGCGAAAUGGAAAAGGAGCAAUAAAGCCCUGGCCGGGUGGAGAGCCACGCACGCCGGCGAGCACAUCAUUGCUGUGCGCUCCCGCCAGCUGGACCGGACUUGGAAGUUCUUGUCCAAGCUCGUCAAGGGACAGAUCAAGCUACGCGGCGGUGAGAAUGCACCGGGCGAUGGUAUGUUUGGGCACGGUCAAGAUCCGUCCGAUGAGGAGGAGGAGGAGUGGGAAGAUCGCAUCGUGAAUGGCUUGGAAGACUCGUACAAGAAUGACAUCGUCUUCUCCCCACCAGGCAGCGAGCCUGCCUUUCAAGCGGGUGAUGGCAACGCCAUGAUCAGUUUAGCAUAGCAGAAGAGAAAGCCCUAGACCCUUACCGGUCCCUCAGGCCAAGUCACAGCUUACCAAGUAACAAUUAAAAAC